AUGGGAGAAGCAUCAAAGGAUCAGCCAAGAUUGAUAGACGCCAAAGAGUUGUCAAAACACACAGAUGAAGAUGACUGUUGGAUGGCUAUUAAUGGCAAAGUUUACGAUGUGUCGAAGUUUUCAGACCAUCCUGGAGGUAAAGACAUUUUGGUUGACUCUUCUGGAAGGGAUGCAACAAAGGAUUUCAAUGACAUUUCCCACAGUUCAACAGCAGCAGAAAUGAUGAAAGAUUAUUAUAUUGGCGAGUUCUCUAAAGGAGACAACGUAGAUUUGAAGAAAAAAGAAGGAGGCUUUAACGUGGUCAUGUUGAUCCCAAUUAUUAUCAUCAUACUUGCAAUCGUUGCAUCAAGGUUUUUAUAA